UGUUAGAGAGCAUAGAUCUUUUUGGCAAUCAAUUGAGUGGGAGUAUUCCAGAUAGCAUCGGGCAACUUUCUAUGUUAGAGAGCAUAGAUCUUUCUGGCAAUCAAUUGAGUGGGAGUAUUCCGGAUAACAUCGAGCAACUUUCUAAGUUAGUGAGCAUAUAUCUUUAUGACAAUCAAUUGAGUGGAAGUAUUCCAGAUAGCAUCGGGCAACUUUCUAAGGUAAAGAGCAUAAAUCUUUCUGGCAAUCAAUUGAAUGGGAGUAUUCCAGAUAGUAUAUGGCAACUUUCUAAGUUAGUGAACAUAUCUCUUUCUGAUAACAAUUUGACAAGAAAGAUUCCUCCUUGUUUUGGAAAGUUUUGGAUUAUGGUGAAUGCAACACAAUUGAUCCAUGACAUAGAUUAUGCAUAUUGGGAUGAGGCCACUUUGAUGGAGGUUGUGAAAGGGAGAUACCUAGAGUAUACAAGAAAAACUUUGAGAUUUGAGAUUAGUUUAGAUCUUUCAAGAAAGAUCCCUGAGAAAAUUGAACAAAUGGAAAAUUUGGAAUCUCUCAAUUUCUCCAAGAAUGGCCUUUUGGGAACAAUCCUGAACAACAUGUCGAGUUUAACCAAGUUAAGCCACCUCAACUUGUCCUACAACAACUUGUUAGGGCUAAUUCCAACAAGUUAUCAACUCCAAACACUUGACGAUCCAACUAUGUAUGUAGGCAAUCCUCAACUCUAUGGAGCUCACGAUCCAACUAUGUAUGCAGGCAAUCCUCAACUCUGUGGAGCUCUGCUCCUAAAGAAAUGCUCAAAUGAUGCACUAGCUCUGACAACCGCUAGCUUCAAGGACAAUGAUAAAACUACACUUAAAAAAUGUGAUUUUACAUUGUUGUGAUGUUAGGCUUUGUAAUUGGAUUCUGAGGAGUCAUGGGAACUUUGAUUUUUGUGAAAAGUUGAAGAUAUGCUUAUUUUCAAAGGGUGGAUGAUGUCCAACAUUGGAUACUUGUGGUUAUAACAU